UGAUGGUUAAAGAGACGCUCUGACACUGGGCUCACAGGAGGACUGAAGCAUGGAGUCCUGCCAGAGCUUCCCGCUGCUGCUUCUCUGUCUGCUGCUGCUGAACGACGAGACAUCGGCCGCAUCGCCACAGAACAUUUGCUCAAAUUCGACAGUUGUGCGGACUCAGACUGCCUGUCACUCCUGCAGCAUCACCAUGUUGAUACCGUGUCCGUCUGGAUUCAAACAGACCCCUGGCUCCACAGCGCAGAACUGCAAGUACCACAUCAGGACGCCCAGUAUGACGUUGGCCCUUAAAGGCUGUUCCUUUGAGUGCUACAAGGAGGUGGAGGCGAAGAGCUGCUGUCCAGGAUUCUGGGGUCCAGACUGCAUUGAGUGUCCAGAGGAGGCCAGCCGACCCUGCAGCCACAAUGGGGUGUGCUCUGACGGAGUGGGAGGAAACGGCACCUGUAGCUGCAAGGAAGGGUUUGCAGGUACAGCCUGUGAGAUUUGUGCAUCUGGUCGGUAUGGGCCCAAAUGCAGCUCAGUAUGCACCUGUGUCCAUGGUCUGUGUAACGCUGGAUUAAAUGGUGAUGGUACAUGUAUGUGUUUCUCUGGGUAUAAAGGACCAAACUGUAACCAAGAGGUGCCGGAGUGUGCGGCUCUAAGCUGUCCGUCCAACUCUCGCUGCAUUGAGGAGGCUGCGACAGGGCAGCUGGCGUGUCAGUGUAUGCCUGGUUACAGAAAAGACAGUCCCAACGCUCAAUGUCUUUCCAUCAACCCAUGUCUGCAGAGGAUCUGUCAUGCCCAGGCUACCUGCAUCCACACCGGACCGAACCAGCACAUGUGUGCCUGUAACGAAGGCUACAGUGGAGAUGGACACGUCUGUAUGGCCAUCGACCCCUGUCAGACCAAUAGGGGGGGCUGCUCCGCUGAUUCCACCCACUGUGUCUAUGAUGAACCAGGGAAGUCUCACUGCGAGUGUCUUUCUGGCUUUAAACAACUGGUGGAUGGCGUCUGCAGUUUGACGGAUGUCUGCAGACCAGAUUCCUGCCACAAAAAUGCCAACUGCUCCACUGUGGCACCAGGAAGAUUCGAAUGCACCUGUUUGCAGGGUUAUGUUGGUAAUGGUAAAGUUUGUUAUGGAAACAUCAUGCAGCGUCUGAAUGAACUGAACACAGAACCAGGCAGCCAGUGGGCCAGCCAGCUCAACAGUGCCAUCACUCUGUUCGAGUCUCUGUCGUGGCCUUUGCAGAACCUGGGUCCUUUCACUGUUUUUGUCCCGAUUAAUAAAGCCUUCAGAGGAAGCUCGGUGAGGACACUGAUGGCCAAUCAAGCCAAAGCCAAAUACCUGUGUAAGAUGCACCUGGUUGCCGGGGUGAUGCCAUUUGAGACUUUGAAGAAAACUGAUGUCUUUUACACUCUGACGGGAAAAUCAGCUGAGACCGACACCUCGGAGGGGGACUAUCAGACUAAAAUCCGCAUCCAUGGCAGCAGGAAGAAAGGUGUGAUCAUCCAGUCAGAUGUAGUUGCAUCCAAUGGGAUGAUUCAUUUCAUCAAUAAACUGAUGGACAGUGUCUCACCCACUGUGGACAGUGAUACAGAGGAGAACCUGAUGAAGAUCCUCUCUGACUACAGCAAAUUUGAUACUUUCAGAACCUUAUUAGAAAAAGCUGACCUGACGUCUGUGAUAGACUCACCAGGUGUGCUGACUGUCUUUGCUCCGACCACCGCUGCUUUUGAUGCAAUGAAGGAGGGACAACUGCAGUACCUGAACAGCGCUGAUGGUCACAACAAGUUGGUAGAGUUUCUCAGACACCACAUUGUCCAGUCCAUCUCUCUGGAGGUCUUCAAUGCCGUCUCCAGUCCCAGCAUCGUGACAAUGGCCAAUCAGGCUCUGACGAUUAAUGUGACAGAAAAUGGUCAGAUUCAGGUUAAUGAUGCAGCCGUGUUGGAGGCAGCUGUGGAAGGAAGGAAUGGACGCCUCUAUGUCCUGGAUGGUGUGUUGAUUCCACCCUCCAUUGAACCCAUCCUACCCCACCGAUGUGACGUCACAGAAAACAAAGUGAUCAUGGGUGAAUGCACCAGCUGCUCCAAAGUCAAACUGGCUCAGUGCUCGUCGGGAGUUUCCACAGGCAUAUCUACAUAUGGUUGUAUUUACACUUUCAAACUUGGCCAGCCACCGGUCAGAUUACCAGCAACCGGCUGCUCUCCACAGUGCAAUGUCACUGUCACGACGGCAGCAUGCUGUUCAGGGUUCUUUGGUGCGGACUGCAGCCCAUGUCCUGGAGGAUACACAACGCCAUGCUCUGGACAUGGAAAGUGUUUGGAUGGUCUGUCAGGAAACGGCACAUGUGUCUGUGAUCCAAACUUCGGAGGUUCACGCUGCCAUUACUGCUCCUCCUUAAACAAAUAUGGACUAAACUGUGACAAAACCUGUCUUUGCAUCAAUGGUCAGUGCGACAACCGUCCAAACUCAGACGGUAGCUGUAAACCUGACUCCUGUUUACCCGGGUUCACUGGUCGUUUCUGUGAGCGGCAAACGGCGGCCUGCGGCACCAAUGUCCAGUUUUGCCACGCCCAUGCCGUCUGUGACUUCAGUGAAACACCCACCAGGUGUGUAUGUAAACCUGGUUUCAAUGGCGAUGGAAUCACAUGUGUGGAAUCAGACCCAUGUGCUCCGCCUCUGCGAGGCGGCUGCAGUGUAAAUGCCAAAUGUAUAAAGACAGGAGUGGGGACUCACACAUGUCAAUGUCUGAGUGGAUGGAGGGAGGAUGGAGAUGACUGUCAGCCAAUCAACAACUGCGAUUCUCCAGACAAUGGGGGCUGCCACCCCAACGCCACCUGCAUCUAUGUUGGACCUGGACAGAGUGACUGUUCAUGUAAAUCUGGAUACAAAGGAAACGGACGAGAUUGUGAAGCUAUAAACCAGUGUGUGACGCUCAGUGGAGGCUGUCAUUACCUGGCCAGCUGCCGCCUCAUCUCCUCUCAGUGGAAGUGUGUUUGUGAUGAUGGUUACACUGGAAAUGGACAGAUCUGUUACGGGACAGUGGAACAGGAAUUGAUGAGUUUACCAGAGGCUUCUGACUUCUACACAUGGACCACUGAGUCUGGUAUGUUUUGGUCUCUGCCUGAGGUGAACAUCACCCUUCUUGUCCCGUCAUCAGAUGCUGUUUCUAAAAUGUCCACUGAUGACAGAAACUUCUGGACAUCGAAGGGAAACCUGCCAAGUCUCGUCAGAAAUCAUAUCAUUCAAGGAAAUUAUCCGUUAUCCUCCAUCAGUGCCAUUUCCUCUGUGACUUCACUUCUAAAGACCUCGUUUCCUGUUUCAACAUCCAAUGAGGUGACAACUGUAGGGGGAGCCACCAUCACCACACCUAACAUAGCUGCAACUAAUGGACUGAUCCACAUCAUUGAUAAGGUUUUGGUUCCUGACAGGAAGUUAAGUGAAGGUCUGUUGGCAACGCUAGCUCUGCGGCCUGACCUCUCUCUUUUCAGAUCGUACAUCAUCAAAUACAACCUGACUGACGAGAUCCAGCAGACGAGUGAGUUCACAGUCUUCGCUCCAACAGAUGAUGCAGUCAACAAUUACCUCAAGGAAACUGGUGCAGCUGCUCUGGAUGUGAAUACAACUCGCUACCAUGUGCUGGUGUCAGAGAGUCUGCUGAAAACUGACCUGCAACAGGGUGGAUACAAACCCACGCUGCUCGGCUUCUCCUUCCACCUCGGCAUCUUCCCCCGAGAUGGAAAGCUGUUUGUUAAUGAUGCUCAGAUAAACUCAUCCAACAUCCUCUGUGGUAAAGGUGUGAUCCACACUCUGUCGUCUGUUCUGCUGAUAAACAGGAAUCGCUGCGACUCGGCACAAUAUCAGAAAGUCAUGGGACCAUGUGAGGACUGUUUGUUCCCACGAAGCAAGAUCUGCCCAAACAACACAGUCCCAGACAAAUUAGUGAGGAAGAGGAAGUGUAUGUUAAGUCGAGUGUUUGAGGAGGAGCGGCUGCUGACCAUUGGCUGCAGAGCCACCUGUUACAAGACCAACAUUAUCCACAAGUGUUGUGCAGGUUUUUUUGGGGAACACUGUGAGCCAUGUCCUGGCCCAAAGGGUCAGCCCUGCUUUGGUAACGGAGCAUGCUCAGAUGGGAUAAAUGGGACUGGAGUGUGUGGCUGUUUCCAAGGUUUUAAUGGAACAGCCUGUGAGACCUGUCAGAGCGGAAAAUAUGGCGUCCACUGUGAUCAGGAGUGCAAGUGUAAAAAUGGCCGCUGUAACGAAGGACUGAAGGGCGAUGGCACGUGUGAGUGUGAUGUCGGCUGGAGAGGCAUCCUAUGUGAUGAAAAAAUUGAAUCCAAAGCUGAUGAGCUGUGUGGCUCUGUGAAGUGUCACAGCAGUGCCAACUGUGUGUUUAGACCGUCAGGCCUUCAGUGUCUCUGUGCUGCAGGGUUCGAGGGCAACGGAACCUUCUGUCAAGCUAAGGACCCGUGUGCGUGGGAUAAUGGAGGCUGCAGUCUGUAUGCGGUCUGUAAAAGAACUCGACCUGGCCAACGGCAGUGUGUUUGUAACAGUGGCUACACAGGAGAUGGACUUGUGUGUGUUGAGGUAAAUCCCUGCCUGGAAGGAAACGGGGGCUGUCACGUUAACGCAGACUGUGUUCAUGUUGGGCCAAAUAAGACGUCUUGUGCCUGCAGUGAAGGUUAUGAAGGUGAUGGACAGACCUGUAACAUGAUUGACUUGUGUCGAAAGAAAAAUGGAGACUGUCAUAAAUACGCCAGAUGUAACAUGACAGGUCCAGGUGUUCGCACCUGCACGUGUAUGAGUUACUAUAUCGGAGAUGGGGUGACCUGCAAAGGCACUGUGGGGAAAGAACUCCUGACCAGAAAGCACAGAGACUUUUACCUGUCCCUGCUGAUGCUGGAGAUCUCCCUGAAAGGUCGUGGCCCUUUCACUGUCUUCAUCCCAAACUCAGAGGCCUUCGCAAGGGAAGAGAACAAGAAGCUGAAGCCUGUGAUGUCAGACAAAUACAGAGAUCUGUUUGGCACCUUUCUGCGCUCCCACAUCGUCAUGUGUCACACUCUGCUUGCUGCCGACCUCAGCCAACCCCGAAACCUCACCACACUGUCCGGAGUCAUCCUCAGCACUCGCUCCUCCCAGGGCAGCAUUUUCAUAAACGAGGCAAAUGUGACCUACAGUGAUGAUGUCAGUGUUAAUGGCAUCUUUCAUGAGAUCAACAAAUUUCUGAUUCUUCCUGAUGUGGAAAAACAAAAACCGCCAGACACCCCUCUGAACCUGACUGAUGUGGCUGAACACCAGGGUUACAAAACUUUCUAUAAACUAUUGGUGGACACGGGUGUGGUAGACCUGGUGCAGGAUGCAAUUCACCAGCCAAUCACAAUCUUCCUACCCUCUGAUGCCGCCAUGGCAUCGCUGCCACAACAGCAGAAAGACUUCCUGUUUAACCCACAGAACCAAGCUCAGCUGCAGGAAUACCUGAAGUACCACAUCUUACCCAGCCAGAAGGUUUAUGCUGAAGGUCUGAUCCAUCUGGACUCACCUCGGACGAUUCAGGGCUCUCCGCUUUCAUUCAGCUGUGGAGGCUUGGACGCCAUUGGAGAUAUUUUCGUUAAUGAUGGGAAGUGUCGGAUUGUACAAAGACACCUUAUCUUCAGAGAGGGUAUAGCCUAUGGGAUUGACUGCCUGCUGACUCCGCCCAGCCUGGGAGGUCGAUGUGAUGAACAGUCGACUUUUGAGCUCCAGAUGAGCUGUGGAGUGUGCUCCUCAGCAGCGAGCCGCUGCCCAAGAGGUUCAAAAGUAAAGGAGGUUCAGAGAUGUGAUCUUCCAACAAUGUUUGUCACAAGGAAUUCCGGCUGUCGCAGCACCUGUACUGUCAACUUCUGGCAGCCAAAGUGUUGCCCUGGAUACUAUGGACGAGAUUGCUUGGUCUGUCCCGGCGGUGUUGGCUCUCCAUGCAAUAACCGAGGUAAAUGUGACGACGGCCACCUCGGUAAUGGUACCUGUACAUGCAAUGCAGGUUUUGGGGGUGUGGCUUGUGAACUGUGCAACAAAGGUUUCUACGGACCCACCUGCAAAGCCUGUAACUGUUCAGAACACGGCUCAUGUGACGACGGCCGCAGAGGGACGGGUUCAUGCUUCUGUGAAGCAGGUUGGACUGGAGAGCGCUGUGAGACACCACAGGCUGAAGUCUAUCAGUGUUCUCCUGCCUGUUCCCCUAAAGCUGUCUGUCAACAGAACAACACCUGUGUGUGUCGCCCCUUCUAUGUAGGAGAUGGACUCACCUGUACAGUGGUGGACAUGUGUCAGGUCUGGAAUGGUGGUUGUGCUAAAGACGCAAAGUGUUCUCAGAAAGGAGAACAGGUGAGCUGUACCUGUCCUAAAGGAUACACAGGAGAUGGCUACGUCUGUCUGCCCAUCGACCCCUGUGCUGACGGGAACAACGGCGGAUGCCACGAACACGCCAUCUGCACCCUGACUGCACCGGGCAAGAGGAAGUGCAGCUGUAAGGACAAGUACAUUGGAGAUGGAGUUACCUGUGACGUCAAACAGCUGCCAAUCAGCCGCUGUCUCCAGGACAACGGACUAUGUCACCAGGAUGCCAAAUGCACUGACCUCCACUUUGAAGAUGCGACACUUGGCGUGUUUCACCUGCGUUCAGAUAAAGGUCAGUACAAACUGAACUACACAGCAGCACAGCAGGCUUGCAGUGCAGUGGGAGGAACCCUGGCCACAUAUAUGCAACUGUCCUAUGCUCAGCAGGGUGGACUGAAUAUGUGUGCUGCUGGAUGGUUAGACCAGGCUCGAGUGUCUUACCCCACCACAUACGCUAAUCCCAACUGUGGCUUUGGGCAUGUGGGUAUUGUGGACUAUGGUGUACGCAAGAACCUAAGUGAGACCUGGGACACCUUCUGCUACCGGAUGAAGGAGGUAAAGUGUGAGUGUAAAGUCGGCUAUAUUGGAGAUGGAUUCACCUGUACAGGAAACCUGCUGCAAGUCCUUAAAUCUACACCAAGCUUCUCCAGUUUCCUCACACAAAUUCUGAAUUAUUCUGAGGUGUCUGCAUCAGGGAAGCAAUUUAUGAAGCGUCUCAGUAACCUGACAAUCCAGUCCACUCUGUUCGUACCUGACAACAGCGGGCUGGCUGAAAACGAUACUCUGACCCAGCGGGACAUUGAGUUCCACCUGUCAGAUGGUCAGGUUCUACCAAUUAACCGGCUCAAGAAUGGCACUCGGAUCAGAACUCGUGUUGGGUCCCUCACUGCCCUUGGUGUCUCCAACCUACUCAACCCAGCAAUUCUGUCAUCAUGGUACAUUAAUGAUCGCUUUGUCACAUCGUCCGACAUUGUGGCUUCAAAUGGGAUCAUUCAUGUUCUGCAGGGACCCCUGAAAGCCCCUCCUCCUCGCCAAGAGAUGCGUGUGGCGCACAAAGCAGGCAUGGGCGUCGGUGUGGUGCUGCUCAUUGUUCUGGUGGUGGCAGUCAGCUUCGUUGGUUAUCACUUCUACAAACACAACACCAAACCAUUCCAGUUCCACUACUUUAAGGAGGAUGAUCAGGAGGAAGAUGCUGCUCCACCUCCAGUGAACAGCCGCAGCAUCUGUAACCCAGUUUAUGACUCAGGUCCAGAACUAGAGCCAGAACCAGCGGAGUCCAACACAUCUGAUAUUAUAGCUGAGGACAAACAUGAGGUGAUUAACGGAGGAUCAUACGACCUGCUGCAGGACAGCUGAGGCAAAUUCUAAACUUGAAAUCAGACUUCAAAUCCUGAUUUUAUACCUCUGAACUGAAAAGUUUCUCACCUGCUUCAUGAAAAAUGUCAGCAUCCAGUGUACUUUUUCCUACAGAUUAAAAAGACACUUCAUCAGUGCCCUGACAAAGGUUCAAAGGCGUUUUUCAGAGGCUACAUCCAACCAACACUAAUCAAGAUGUAAAGAAUUAAAUCUUGGUGGUAACUCUGUCACAGCUGAUAAAAUGCUUGUUCAGUAUGUUUCAGUUUAAUGCAUAUUGAACAGCUGGCCUUAAAAUCUGGUCAUCCUUAUUUCAAAAUGUUAGAUAUUUUUCUGCUUUUGAAAAGAAAAAGUCUCUUUAGUUCUCAAAAGUUUGGUUUAACGUUUGUAAAAAAAAAAAUUUAAGAUUUACAUAUUUCAAAUUUACUGACUUCAAAAAAAAUUUUGAAUUUAUCUUUUGUAACUAAGUCUAACUGAAAUUUUGUAUUCCACUUUAUUCCCCCCAUAGGGUUUUUAAAUCUGAUGGGAAUUCAGAUCCCAAAAACUGUGAAAAGAAAUUAAAUGUGCCCGUUUUUGGUUAUUCUUUGGUGUCGUUUUUUUUUCCCAGACUUAGACAUUAAACACAGUAACAAGAGUAAAAAUGGAAUGGAAAAUAUAUGCAGCUAUGGAAAUAUUUAUUCAACCAUCUGCUCAUUUUCAUAUUUUCAACAUAAACAUCAGUUUUAUUUUAACACAUCACAUGUACUUGUGACCAGCAAAUAUCCUCUAAUG